GCUGGGCUAAGGCUGCCAGAGACACAGGCAGGAAAUAUCAUGUGUGUGGGUGAAAGAAAGAAUGUGUGUGUUUAGGGACUUGUUUCUCCUUGCCUGACUGCUUUUCUCUCCGCUCUCUGCUCAGACGUGUUGUGUCCCACCGGCAACUCACUCUACAAGUAUGCUCCCCUUCAAGGCAACACCAGGUCAGUUUGGUCCAGAGGUCAGCGAGCCGGGCCUCCGAGUGUGGAGGGUGGAGAAGAUGAAGGCAGUGCCGCUGGCGCCCUCCGAGGUCGGAGCCUUUUUUAACGGGGACUCCUACCUGGUGCUGGAGAACCGUGGUGAACAGGGAGCCGACCUCCACAUGUGGAUAGGUGAGAAGUCGUCUAGGGACGAGCAGGUAGCGUGCGCCAUGCUGGCCACCACGCUGGACAACUUUCUGAGCGGUGACCCCAUUCAGCACAGGCAGGUCCAGGGCUACGAGUCCCCAGAGUUCAUGGCUCUGUUUCCCAGAGGGAUCAGCUACAAGGAUGGGGGAGUGGAGUCGGGCUUCAGGAGGCCUCAGGGCUCUGGGACGGUGCAGAGGUUGUACCAGAUCAAAGGAAAGCGCAACAUCCGUGCCAAGGAAGUGGAGCUGUCCUGGAGCAGUUUCAACAAAGGAGACUGCUUCAUCCUUGACCUCGGAGAGACCAUUGUGUCGUGGAUCGGGUCGCAGGCCAACAUCUUCGAGAAGCAGAAGGUGCGUGAGAUCGCCUCGCUGAUUCGUGACACGGACAGACACGGUAAAGCCAAAAUUGUGGACAGCAACGAGGGGGAGGAGCCUGAGGAGAUGCUCAAGGUCCUGGGACAGAUGCCUCAGCUGGCAGAGAGCACAACAGAGGAGGACAAGGAAGCAGACGUCUCCAACUCUGCCUCCCUCUACAAGGUGUCUGAUGCGACAGGUUCCAUGUCGAUGACCAAAGUGUCGGAGAAGAGCCCGUUUGCCAAGGAUCUGCUGGUUCGGGACGACUGCUUCAUUCUGGACAACGGCGCCAAUGGAAAGAUCUUUGUCUGGAAAGGUAACGGAGCAAACGCUGAGGAGAAGCAGGUUGCCCUUCAGAUGGCAGAUAACUUCAUCGAACAAAUGAAGUACCCCAGGAUGAAAACACAGGUGGAGAUACUUCCACAGGGGAAGGAGACCAUCAUCUUCAAGCAGUUCUUCAAGAACUGGAACUAAAACAUUUCAUGGGAACAUUUGACAAAAUCCUGCAAGCGAGGAGAAGAAGCUAUAUAUCUGAAAUCAGCCAGCAUCUGAUAUAGAAAUAAAACAUUUUUUAUAUGCAUUUACUUGUAUGUACAUAUUUGUAAGGUACCGUGCUGGCAGAGUGCACUGUAGCUAGUUUUGAAAGAGGUAGAAUAACAGAUGUGAUGCCACUUUUAUAAAUGCAAGUUUCUUCUUUUGAGAUUAUAAACAUCAUAAAUUAAAUGAGUUUGGAUUUUUUUUCUUCUUUUUUUACAUUUGUUCUAGUGUCACAGGUUUGCCUGCAUUUGAAAAAUAAAUCUAAAACUGCUUGCUAAAAGGCGUUGUUUGCUUUGUGAGAUGUUCCCCCACAACAAUGCCCAUGACAGUGAUUUUUGCAUAACCUUGUUUAAACCUCGCCCUCUCUGUUGCCAUGGCUGCGAGAAUAUACCUUGCACACGAUAACCCUGUUUGAGCACGUCACAGUCAUGGUCCACUGUAGUAUCAGUGCAGUACUUAUGUAAAGGUUCGAGGUACUUUAACUAGAUUAUGGUACCUUAUCCGUUUAUAGAAUAUGCCCAACAGUAUAUAGAUUGGUUAAAUUUGAUCCACUUACAACAGUGACAUGCUGCUUACACAUAAAUGCAUUAGUAAUAAUAAUCCCUAAUAAAAUAUUGCCUUUUUCACUCACAGGGCCAUUUUUAUACAUUAUGAGUACUUUUACUUUUGAUCCCUUAUGACGAUAGAACUUAACAUACCUUUGAUUUCAGUACUUUUACUUGUAACUAAGUAUUUUUAUUUUGUUGAGCUGCUACUUAACUAAAGUAAAGUUUAUAUUUCCUCCACUGCGGAUUAUGAUUUCAGUCAGAAUUAAUAUUUUUACAUCAGUACUCAAUGUGUUUUGAAUCCGUUUUUAAAGUGCUACAUU